GAAUAGCGUAGCCGAAGAAGCUGGCCGGGAUUAUCGAUUGCGUGAACGACAAUAAACAAGCAAAGCAAGCCCAUCGAUCGGCGAAAUAGACAGAUGGUCAUAGAGUAGGCAGUACGUACGGUACAAUGCAACGUAGAGCCGCUCGGCCCGUUCCCCGCACAUAUCUUUGCCGGUACGUACUCGAAUGCGUUCGUCACAGUAUUUUACAGCGACUACAGUACUACGCUGUGGCGGCUACCAUAUUGACGCUUUUGAGAAAAAGACAAGAAUGAUUACUUACCAGUUCGGUGAUCUGGCGUUAUUAGACUAGUCUGGCUUCGUAAGUUUUGAUAUGCAUUUUACUAGCUUCGUACUUCGAAAUGUUUUUUCAAAGAAACCUACGACGGAAUGAAUUGUUCAUUAUACAGCACAUACUUGCCGCUGCAGCAUAACCAGUCAUUAAUUUGCGUCCCACUGGUGUCAAAGUAACUCGCCGUUCGACUGCAUCUGCAUCAGAGUAUCCGAAAUGCAACACUUGCUCAGGAAAAUCCGUUGUGACUACGUUUAGUUAUUGCUUUUUCAUCCAAAAAUUUUAUGCCAAAACUUGGACACACGAUAGCAUAAUGAAGGUGCGGGAUUCUGUGGAGAUCAACAUGGAAACGGCCAACGUCGCCAGUACGGUUUCCGGCUCUGGCAGUCGGAAGGCUGCAACAUCGUCGGCACCGCAUAAUCCAUCAUCCCGGAUACCGACUGAUGCCGCCAAUGCUGCGCAUGGUGCAAGUUAUUAUUCAUCAGCGGUGGGCGAUAUUCAACAUAUUAGUCGCCGUCAGCGAGGAGGAUCGAGGAAGGGAUUACAUUCGGCGGAUGAAACCGCGGCGUCACCGUCACAAUUUGGCAUCCAGUUCACAUUGGGUGAUGGAGAUGAGAUGGUGGAAGAAACGCCGCAGAACGGCACGAGCAGUCAUCCCUUGUUUUGCGAAAUGGAGGAAUUACGUCCGGCCAAGGACGGGUCUUUGGAGUGGAAAGAAACCGCAAGGUGGAUUAAAUUCGAGGAAGACGUAGAGGAGGGCGGAAACAGAUGGUCGAAGCCAUUUGUCGCUACCGGUUCGCUUCAUCAUCUGCUGGAAUUACGCUCGUUUAUUUGUCAGAGUGCCAUGUUACUCGAAGCCGACGUUGUGGCAUUGCCGGUGCUGUGUGACCUUAUCAUAAACGAGUGGAUCCACAAAGGGAUGCUGCAAGAUUAUCAUCGCGAUCAAGUGCGAGAUGUACUUCUACGCCGGCACCGGCACCAGUUUGAAGGCUGCGGUGAUUACAGGACGUCAUACGCCAUGCGACAAUUGUCGGGCCUGAAAAGGAGCAUUUCUCAGGGCAUCUUUAGCAUGACACACAUGUCAGAUGCCGCCGCAGGGGUGCCUCCUGCAACAGCGGGACCAUUAGGUCGACCCGGUGAUUUCAGUGAAAAAUUCCCUAAUAAUCUCCGCCGUGAUAAUGUUCCUAACGUGAUGUCCGCCGCGUCCAUGAUCAGCACAGAUGGCUCCGACGGUGUACUUAUCCGGAAUGCCAGUCGGGGUAAUCUGCACUUCACAAGGAAGCUACCACCGAACACAGAGAGUUUCACGAUUUUGGUGGGUGAAGUGGAAUUUGUUCCUCGACCGAUUUGUGGCUUCGUGCGGAUACACAACGAUAUUUGCGUGGGAAAUCUCAGUGAAGUUAAUGUUCCUACACGAUUUGUAUUCUUGUUGCUGGGACCGCUCGGUUACGCUGCCAGAUUUCAUGAGAUCGGACGGGCUAUGGGUGCUCUUUGCUCUGAUGAAGUAUUUCAACAGUGUCUCUAUCGAGCAAAGAAUAAGAAAGAAAUUAUUGAUGGCCUUGAUGAAUUCCUCGGGGAAGUAACUGUAUUGCCGCCUGGAGAAUGGGAUCCGCAGAUUCGGAUUGAGCCUCCCAAAAAGCUCCCAUCUCAGCCAAAUCGAAAACGGUCUGCUGAAGGGUCACUUGCCGUAUCGUCGCCUGUAGAAGAAAAGAAAGAGGAAGUUCAGGUCACUCGGACAGGAAGAUUCUUUGGUGGAUUAGUGGAAGAUAUUAAACGAAAAUCGCGUUUUUAUGCCAGUGAUUUUCGCGAUGGCAUUGCUUUACAAAGCAUCGCAGCCACAAUAUUUUUGUACUUCGCAACCCUUACGCCGGUUGUGGCCUUUGGAGCCGUGCUGGGAAUGCGUACCGGAAAUGAUAUGGCUGCCAUGGAAAGCUUAUUAUCCGCGGCUAUUGUUGGUAUACUUUGGGCGUUCUUUUCCGGACAACCGUUGAUCAUUAUGGGUAGUACCGGACCUGUGCUCAUUUUCGAGACAAUCGUCACUAAAACUUGCGCGUCGUACGACUUGGACUACUUGGCUGUUCGAUUUUGGAUCGGAAUGUGGACGGGACUGUUUCUUUUAAUUAUGGUGGCCACCGAUGCCUCUUAUUUGGUGCGCUACAUAACUCGCUUUACCGAAGAGGGAUUUGCCGCACUUAUAUCAUUUAUUUUCAUCGUGGAAUCCUUUGAGAAUCUCAUCGCCGUGCGGAAGACUAGGAAUGUUUGUACGUAUCCACUAGCGUGCCCGGCAGUGUACGAGGAAUGUUGGUGCAAUAUGACGCAAGGAUUAAGCAAAAUCGGAGAGGAUGGAUUGGAUAGGCGUAACUGCAAAGUUAAUAACGGGACGUUAACUGGAUCUGGAUGCUCAUAUGUGCCCGAUGUCCUUUUCCUGUCUGUGAUAUUAUUUUUUGGAACGUUUGUACUGGCCAACAAGUUGAAGGCAUUUCGAAGUGAACCAUACUUUCCAACAAAGGUGCGACAAAUUGUUAGUGACUUCAGCGUGACACUGGCCAUUAUCCUAAUGUCCCUGGUGGAUUUCAUUUUGGGCUUGGACACCCCUAAAUUAAUUGUGCCAUCCGGUUUGACGCCGACGAAUCAGGAGCGUUCCUGGCUGGUGCAUCCAUUCGGGCGGAACCCCUACUGGACCAGUGUGGCGGCCAUCAUACCGGCGAUUUUUGCUGUGAUAUUGAUUUUUAUGGAUCAACAAAUAACCGCCGUUAUUGUCAAUCGUCCGGAGAAUAAGCUCAAAAAGGGAUGUGGUUAUCAUUUGGAUCUGUUGGUGUUGACGGUGUCGGUCGUUUUCUGUGCGGUUAUGGGAUUGCCGUGGAUGGUAGCGGCCACAGUGUUGUCGAUCAAUCAUGUCAGCAGUUUGAAGCAAGAGUCGGAUGUCAAAGUGCCAGGAGAAGCUACACAGUUCGAAAGUGUCCGAGAGAAUCGCUUAACAACACUUUGUAUUUAUCUCUUUAUUGGCGCAUCAGUAUUCAUGACCCCUUUAUUAUCGAGGAUCCCGAUGCCAGUAUUAUACGGUGUCUUUCUGUUUAUGGGCGUAUCCGCGCUAGGUGGACUUCAGUUUGUGGAUCGUUUGGUACUGCUAUUGAUGCCGAUGAAAUAUCAGCCCGACUACGCUUAUCUUCGUCAUGUGCCAAUUAAGCGGAUUCACUUGUUCACCUUUAUUCAAACAGUCUGCUUGGCGCUUUUGUGGGUAUUAAAGAGCUUCGACGAGUCUGCAAUAUUGUUUCCUUUAAUGGUGUUGGCUCUUGUGGGAGUUCGGAAGCUGAUGGAUUUCGUGUUUCGUCAAAAGGAAUUGGUAUUGCUGGAUGAUAUUAUGCCGGAAAUAACGCGAAGAAAGAAAGAAGACGCCCAGAAGGUGCUGGAGGAAGUCGAGCACAAACCCGGCCUAACGGAAUCGGAAUCAACUGGUCACGUGUCGGUACCUUUGCCUAAUGGGCAUAUUAUGAAGAUUCCCGUGUCUAUCCCGGAGGAGGCCAAUGAACGCUCUCGUCCGACAUCUCCGGCAUCACCAGAAACCCCUGGUGGAAAAAGAGAAGAGAAAAGUCCCUCGCAAUCAAAAAGGUGGUCACGUUCCGAUAAAAAGAAAGAUCCACAUGUUGAGCAAGCACUGUUAGGGACAUCGAAAAAAUCAAUUUUCUCACGGGCCGCAAAGCAUGUGCAGAUUUCGGAAGAAAACGAAGAAGCUUCUCAGCAUCCGGCAUUUCCAGUGAUUACUAUUUGCCCGGCUACACCACGCGGUUCUCGCUCCUCGAAUCUGGAUAAAGAGGCUUAACGAUGAUUUUUUCUCUGUAUCGAUUUUGAAAAGGAUCUGUAUUAAUUUUUGUGAUUUUGAUGAGUUUUUAAUUUUUUGGUUGAGACUUAGCCAAGGUUAUCGGCAAUACGUUUACAUUUUAAAGUGUUAUCUUUUCGGUUUACAGAAGUACGAAUAAACUGUCGAAAAUUCA